CAUUAAUUAAAUAUCUCAUUCGAAGUCGAUCAGGUCUGAAUGCAGUGCGCAGUUAAGAUACAAAUCAAGCUCUUGUGAAAGUGGUGACAUCAGGAGUACCCUUCUGGACAAGUCCCAUGUGACGAASWUACCUGUCAAAAUGCGAAGAUUUAUUAUCUCUGCUUGAGAAGCAAAGGCCGUAAUCCUAUUUAGUCACCUCUGCUGUUAUAAAACCAGUAGUUCGAGCAGUUCAUAGGGAUUCAAAAGCUGUGAAGAACCGGAGAAGUUCGAGAGGUUUUCAUUGUUCUCAUCUGUUGUACAACACUCUCUGCGAAUUGUUACGGAUUUGCGGGAUUUUCUUCAAAGCCACACUUAACCAAAGUAUCUGAGUGUGUAAUCCAGAAACUACACAAACAUCAAGUAUAUAAAGUGAGAGAUUUGAAAGUACUCGAGUAUUUUUCAAGCUGUUUCAUGAUACUACAGUAAUACACCAAUUUAACCAUGGACAAGAAAGUUUCGCUUCGAUUUUGGCUCCAUGUAGUUCUAGCUGUACAGGCAUUCGAGGAAGUAAUGGCGAACAGAAUAAGUGUGUGCAAUGCUAGUCUGGGAAUGCAAUCGGGCUCGAUCAAAGAUUCUCAAAUCGAAGCCUCAUCRGAGCUCGACCAUGCCCUUGCUCACUCUGCAAGACUUCACAAUACAAGGUCUGGGUUUAUUUCUUUAGGCGCAUGGUGCGCCAGCAAGCAAAAUAUCCAGCAGUACCUACUCAUCGAUUUACUGACUGUCAAAAAUGUCACCGGUAUAACGAGCCAGGGAUUAGGGGUGUCUGGUGGGAAUUGGGUGUCAUCGUAUUCCAUCAGCUACAGCUGUGAUGGUCGGCUAUGGCUACCGUACUUAAUAGGGGGCAUACCUAAGAUUUUUAAUGCAAAUUACGACCCAGACACGCCCGUGUUUGUCUCUCUUCCUAUACCAAUAACCACACGAGUGAUUCGUAUUCAUCCCAUCACAUGGAAUCGCAUAGCAUUAAUAUGUAUGAGGUUGGAAAUCCACGGAUGUCACGCAAACCAAGUUUGUAGGCCAACAGCGUUACCUACCACUUCGUCACCAACUACAACAUUGCGUUACAUUUCAACAAAACGUCCUUAUAUCAAGACUACGUUACCAGUUACCGUGACAACGACGCAAACAACGACACAAGCAACAACGACAAAACCUGCCUGUACAUCUGCUUUGGGAAUGGAAGACAAGCGCAUUAAGAACUCACAGAUAACCGCGUCAUCGUACCAGGAUACUCUAACGCUACCUUCGGCAGGCAGACUCAAUAACAGGCAAAAGAAAUUGUCUCUGGGGUCUUGGUGUGCAGAGUAUUUUGACAACAAGCAAUAUCUUCAAAUAGACCUCAUUCGGCCUACGAAUAUUGUUGCUGUAGCAACACAAGGGCUGGCUUACCCAGAAGGCAACUGGGUGACUAGUUUUACACUGAGCUACAGCUGUAAUGGAACGACCUGGUUUAUGUAUGAAGAACAAGGAAAACAAAAAAUUUUUAAAAGCAAUAAAGACGAAAAUACCAAAGUGCUAAACAAGCUGAAAACACCGCUCACGGCUAGACUGGUUCGGUUAAGACCGGUCACGUGGAACGCUAACGGGAUGAUAUGCCUCAGGAUGGAAUUGUAUGGCUGUUCGACAUCCAAAGUGUGUACCGCAGGAAACAAUAGCGAGUCCAGCGGUAGCYUAUUGAUGAGAACAACACAGGAGCCCCAUACAUCAAGACCUACACUUCCCCCUACCAUCAGACAUAGCGAGCCAACGACCAAUCAAAAUGAAUUAAAUCCAACCAAUCAGACGAAAGCGACGAAACACAAAAAGAGAAUUCUUAUUAUUUAUAAGAAGAUUGACGACGAUGUUGACACGUCGAGUUCUUCGAGAAAUGGACUCAGUUUAGUUAUAGUGGUAUUAACUCUACUAUUCCAAYUCACUUGAUCACGUGAUGUAGAAUUAAUUAAUGAAUGAUAGUUUAUAAAUAGUUUAUUAGUGAAUACAGUCACUGCCAUCACCGUUGCUAUGAAAAGAAAUGUUCAUAGAAUACGAUGUUUGUUCUUUAAGUGCUUUUUGAAUGAUUGAAAGAUACAAUUGCUCGGUUUUCCUUCUCUCUCUUUGUACAGUGCACUUCAUGAAUGCCUACAACUGUCCCGCGCGAUCACACGAUUUUUUAUGAACCUUUCGCACGAAAUUAGAAUCAUUUAAAAAUGCAAAAGUUUCAGUAGUUCCCAUGCGUCAGUUUCAAUAAAGUUGAUUUACUCUCUCUCUUUCUUUUUGACAACGGCAAUAGCAAUGACUGUAUUAGCCAUAGAGUACAACGAAUUGUAAAUAGUGUUCACUAGAUAGCACCCAGUGUAAAUAAAAACAAUAAAGAAUCUAUCACCUUCA